UAGGCCGAUGUUUAAACAAUUCUUUUGCACUUUUCCACACAUUCAAAGUGUUGCUUAUCAUCGUUCUUCAUAGCACAUUUCGGUUGUGUUAAUCUUCGACUCAAACACGCACGCUGCAACCAAAACAUUAUCUCUCGCUUCAUUCUUUGCCACUGCUGCGAAGGAAAGUGAUGCGCCCUUUGUCUCUGUUGCUCACGGUGAUAAUGCCCUUUGAAUGUAUUUGAUUAUUUUACAAAUCGACUUCGUUUCAACUGUGUAUACUCUUCUAAAUCAAAUCAGUUGUAAAGUUGUUAGUCUUGUGAACAGAUGUCCGAAGAAAUUCCGUCAAACAUCAAUAACAAUAACAACUUGAGCAAUAGACAAAUUGUCGCUGCAGCAUCAAACACUGAAUAAUUUUGACUGACGUUACGAAAAUUCAAUGUUUCAUUAAUUGAUUAAGAAUUCUCAACGAGUUUGUGAAGUAAAAUUUGAGUUAUUUUUUGUUUUGUUUUUGUUUGAAAGACAUUUUUGUGCAAAUUAACUGCAAGUGACCCAAUAAACUCUGUUCAAAAUUGACCACCAGUUGCUGUUUGAACUUUUCUCAAAAUGACAAAUCGUAAAUUUUUCUUCGAACGAUAUUUAAUUUUCAAUUACUUAUCAAAUUUUUCCACAUAGACUGUUAAAACCAAAAAUAAAAAAUUUGCAACAUCGAAACGGCACUUCACGAUAAUGGUAUUAUCGUCCAAAAUACAUCUCAACCGAGAAACAGUUGGAAUGUAAGAAUUUCACGGAAGACUGUAGCAACAUUUAUUCGAAGCGACUUUUUUGGCAACGGUGGCGAAUUUUUUGUUUAAAUAAGUUGAUGUGAUAUUUAUGAAAUAGUGACUUAUCUAAACAUUGUUGUAAAAAAUACUACGAUAAUUUCGAAAAGUGCUCGCAAUUAAGUAUAACUAAAGUUCCUUAUGUGUACAUGUGUAUGUGUGUUUUAAAUGCCAUUGUUGAAUGACCUCCAGGAUCAAACGAUUUAAUCUUCAAACGUUUCGCAUUUUUUUUUUCCCGCGCAUAAGAAUUAUCAACUCUUAUGUUUUUUGCCAGUCCAAAUCAAAAGUAUAAACACAUUUGAAGUCAAAAAAAAAAUCAAGUAGCAAAUAGGAACAAGCGACUGACAACACAACCGUGCGUCAUCAUGCGAAAUUUUCUACCCAAAUUUACAAAACGUCAAUGGCUUACAUUAAUCAUCAUUGGGCUCGCUGAUUUUUGCAAUGCAAUCUGCGUUAGUCUACAGGCUCCAUUCUUUCCUCAAGAAGCAGAAAAGAAAGGCUGCACUGCAACUGAGUAUGGAUUGGUAUUUGGUGUGUUCGAGUUAAUUGUAUUUUUUGUAUCGCCGCUCUACGGUCAAUAUCUGAAUAGCAUAGGACCAAAAGUAUUAUUCAACGGUGGUAUUUUCACUACCGGCACUUCAGCCAUUGUCUUUGGUUUGCUCGACAAAGUUCAGGGACACAGCCUAUUUAUUACAUUAGCCUUUUUAAUUCGAAUCAUUGAGGCGCUUGGCAACGCAGCAUUCCUAACAGCAUCGUUUGCUAUCAUCGCAAAGGAAUUUCCUGAUAAUGUGAGCGUCACAUUCGCCUCGCUAGAAACAUUCUUUGGAUUGGGUUUGAUUGUGGGUCCAAUGGUUGGUGGUUUUCUAUAUCAAUUGGGUGGCUUCUUUUUGCCAUUUAUCACGCUCGGUUUGCUGCUAUUUUUAACGGCCGCUAUCACUUUAUUCGUACUGCCAAAACACAAUCAAACGCUACAGCACGGACAAUCAAGUGCUUCAAUACUGUCUCUGUUGAAAACUCCAGGAAUUCUCGUCUGUUCAAUGAGUAUAAUGGGAGCUAGUGCUUCAAUUGGUUUCCUUGGUGCUACGCUCGAACCGCAUCUUCGUCAAUUUGAUUUAAGCCCGGUUCUACUUGGAAUCGUUUUCAUUAUAAAUGGUGGAUUCUAUGCAGUUACUGCACCCAUAUGGGGCUGUAUGGUAGAUAAAUUUUUGCAUCCAAAGUUAUCCGCUUUAAUCGGAAGUACGUUAAUCGCUACUGCCUUUUGUUUAAUUGGACCAGUGUCAUUUCUGCCAAUUGAAACUACUCUUGGCUUAGUAAUCACCGGAUUGGUGAUGCAUGGCUUUGGCAUAGCCGCUGUGUUGGUAGCCAGCUUUGCGGAUGCUCUACGAAUAGCAAUACGCUGUGGUUUCUCAAAUGGUAUCGGAACAUAUGGUUUAGUAUCUGGAUUAUGGACAUCAACGUUUGCAUUUGGCGCAUUUUUUGGGCCGUCGGUUUCGGGUUUUCUUUAUGAUUCAAUUGGUUUUCGCAAAGCGGUGCUUUUCAUUAUAACACUUCAAGCUGUCGUCGGUAUCAUCGUUUUGAUAACAAUUUUCUUUGAAAGAAAACCCCAACCGUACAAGGAGCUUAGCGUGACGGAACCACUAUUACGAGUUCAUGACUCAUUCUACAGUGAUAAAACCAAAUUCGGAUCGAACAAUUUGAACGGAAGUACGAUGUCAAUCGAUCAACAACACACUUGUCCCAUGACGAAUGUUAUGGUAUGCAGCGGUCUGAAUCACAAAAACUGUCAAUCAUGGUCGAGCCGUUGCGAGCAAAAUGGCUUUUUAUCACGAAAUGGCCCAUACUAUGGAAGUUGUGGUGAGGGAAUUCCACAAAGAGUCCCGUGUUCAAUGGAACGAGAAACAAUUGCUUAAACAUUGCCAUCAACUUAAAAAUGAUGAUGGUACGUGUCGUGGGAAAACAGAACAAUUAAACAAAAUGCAUCGGAACUGCAUUCCAAAUUUAGCCAUCUAAUGUGAGCAAUUGUUUCAAUUCAUCUAUGUAUCACUCAUAUUGUUUUAGUUUUACUCUUCGACAUCUUGACCGAAUUGUACAUGACAAAUUAAAUUCUUUUUCCAUACACAUCUCUUUGCAAUACACUUCAACGAAAACCUAAUUUAUUCGCCUGAAAUGAUACAUCAAAAUCAAUUGCGACAAUUUUGUUUUACUUUUACUUUAUGUUAUACUGUUUAUUGUUAAUCAAUGUAUACUUCAUGAACCAUGUUAAUCUAACUGAAAGUCUGAUAAAUAAAUGUAGCGAAAUUUAAGAAUGUUGAUCAUUCAAUCAAA